UCUAGACGCUUCUCUCCCCAACUCAUCUCAUCUCCAGUCUCUCUCUGCUCCUCGUCGUCGUCCCCCUCGCAACUCGACUCGCCAUGGGCAAGAUUAAGAUCGGAAUCAACGGUUUCGGAAGGAUCGGGAGGCUGGUGGCGAGGGUGGCCCUCCAGAGCGAGGAUGUCGAGCUCGUCGCCGUCAACGACCCCUUCAUCACCACCGACUACAUGACCUACAUGUUCAAAUACGACACCGUGCACGGCCAAUGGAAGCACAGCGACAUCAAGAUCAAGGACAGCAAGACGCUGCUCUUGGGUGAGAAGCCGGUCACUGUCUUUGGCAUCAGGAACCCUGACGAGAUUCCGUGGGCUGAGGCUGGUGCUGAAUAUGUCGUGGAGUCCACCGGUGUCUUCACCGACAAGGAGAAGGCCGCUGCUCACUUGAAGGGCGGUGCCAAGAAGGUUGUCAUCUCUGCCCCUAGCAAGGAUGCCCCAAUGUUUGUUGUUGGUGUCAACGAGGACAAGUACACACCUGAUAUUGACAUCGUCUCAAAUGCUAGCUGCACCACAAACUGCCUUGCUCCCCUUGCUAAGGUCAUUCACGAUAACUUUGGUAUUGUUGAGGGCCUGAUGACAACUGUUCAUGCCAUCACUGCCACCCAAAAGACUGUUGAUGGUCCAUCCAGCAAGGACUGGAGGGGUGGCAGGGCUGCCAGUUUUAACAUUAUUCCGAGCAGCACUGGUGCUGCCAAGGCUGUUGGCAAGGUUCUUCCUGAUUUGAAUGGCAAGCUUACGGGAAUGUCCUUCCGUGUUCCAACCGUGGAUGUCUCAGUUGUUGAUCUCACAGUUAGAACCGAGAAGGCUGCCUCAUACGAUGCUAUCAUGAGUGCUAUCAAGUCUGCGUCCGAGGGAAAGCUCAAGGGUAUCAUGGGAUAUGUUGAGGAAGACCUGGUUUCCACCGACUUCGUUGGCGACAGCAGGUCGAGCAUCUUUGACGCCAAGGCUGGAAUUGCUCUUAACGAUCACUUUGUCAAGCUUGUUGCCUGGUACGACAACGAGUGGGGUUACAGCAACCGUGUUAUUGACCUGAUCCGCCAUAUGUCCAAGACUCAGUAGAAACCUUUUGCUUGCCAUGGUAUUCCAUGGCCGCUGAGCCGGAGAGACCGGUCUGCCUUGUCUAUGCUGAGAAUAAAACGUGGACGGUGUUCACCAGCGACCCCCUGUUAAUUCUAGUUGGGACAUGAGUUGCCUUUUGUUUUCCAAUCUACCUAUCUACCUACCUGUAAUGAGGUUGCUGAUAUGGACCUGAGUCUACUUUUUUUGCUUGUGAAGAAUAUAAGCCGUCCGGUGCAGUUGUAAUUUUGUUCUACCUGGUUGCAUAGACGAGCUUUGUGUUUGGCUGUUGCUACCUCUUUACUCCGGCUUGCCUGGGUGAUA